CCCAUGUGGUAAAAGUUGACGUGAAAACAAAUGGGAAAAACAAAGAAUUUGUGGCCACAUUACGUUUAUUUAGAGACAGAAUUUUGUUUAGUCGGGCUUUGGCCACCAGGCGUCACUGCUGUCAGGACUUACAAUUCCGUCUGCUCGCGGUCGUGGCAGAUCGUACUGAACGGGUGCAUGUAUUUUUACUCUUGGCGUCUUGUAAUUUUCAUAGGGUAUGAGAUUUUUAGAAUAAGAAAUGUAACAAUUCUAUGAACAAGGAACGAAAAUAAAUCACCUAAAGAAGUUUUGCUGCUACUUGUUCUAGUUAUCGAUUCGUUGGAAUUGGACCCUCGUGAAGGAAGAGAGUUAUGAAGACUGUCAGUCAGUGCAGACUUCCUGAGUUACCAUAGACCAAGGGAAACUGUUUGAAAAUGGAUUACAUCGAUGAUGAUUACGUUGUGAGCGUCCGAAAGAAAAAGGGUCAGCCUAAUAGAGGUGGAGGACGGGCCAAUCAGAGCAGAGGUCGUGGUGGAGGCCAGACCAGAGGGAGGGGUCGUGGAGGUGGACGAGGUCAAAGCCGUGCUAGAGGACGAGGUCAAGGUCGUGGUAGAGGACGAGGUCGUGGAGGUCAAGGUCGUGGAGGUCAAGGUGGCUGGGGUGAGCGUUCAGACAGUAAACACGAUGAAGGGUACUUUAAUGGAGACUAUGCUGUGUCAGACUCAGCGAGAGCCCGUGGCAGAGGGAGGCCCUUUACCCUGAGCAAACGCUCAAAUACUCACGGCACCCACAGCUUUGAUACUGAUGUGCGAGUGCCCAUGCAGAAACUGCACAUGAGUUCAGAAAACCAACAGAUGGUUAUGGAGAUGUUGAGAGACCUCCAUGGCCAAGACCAGCAAGAAGUUAACAGUGAUGAGGAAGUUUAUGAGGACUAUGAUGAGAUAGAAGAGGAUGAUGAGGAAUACUGGGAGGAAAAUGAUAACCGGGUAGUGGAGGAGGCUCCACAGUGUGGGGCAGCCUACAACUGGAGAGACGGAGAUGUAGAUGAGGGGCUGUCGUACUAUGGAUACUGCAAGCAGGAGGGGAUCUCUGACUCAAACCCGGAUUUGAACCCAUAUGCUGUUAACAAACUUGUUCGCUAUGGUUUUGACAAGAAACGGUGUGAAUCUGCACUGACCUUGAUGGAUGGCGAUAUUGGAGCAGCGCUGGAAUACCUCCUGGUACAGUGUUUUAACCUCAGCUAUGGGGUGGGACAGGUCAAGGAGUCUGAGGUGAAGGAUGACUCUGCCUGGGCAGAGAUAAAGCAGCAGAGAGAGGAUGAGAUGAUAGCAUUACAGUCAAUCUACGACAAAAACUUUGUGGAGAGGAUCCCUAACCGAGUGUGGAUAAUAAAACUAGAUAUCCCAGCCUUAGACAAACUGUUUUCUGUGCAAAGUGUUAAACGUCAGGAGGAAGUGGCCGCAGCUCAUGCCAAGGCCUCUCAAAAAAAGGUGUGUGUUUUUUAUAAACAGGGGUCCUGUAAGAAGGGGUCCAGAUGUAAUUAUCAGCAUGAGGCCCCGGUUCCAAAUCUGCCCUCUACUGCACACCUGACCCCCAACUCAGGUGAACCUUUUUAUGAGCUAGAGGUACGCUUCCCCUCAUGUAAUCAGUACCCUAAUGAGCCCCCUUUCCUCGCCUUCUCAUCCUCAAACCCUUCUCUCCCCACUCAUCUCAGCCUUAGCAUCACAGAUAAGCUCAUCCAGGAGGCCAGGUCACUGGCAGAAUCAGGGGUGCCAGCUAUUUUUUCAUUGGUCAGUUGCUUGGAGGAUGAAAAUGUUAUCAGAGACAUCUGCAACAGACCUAUGAUGACAUUCAGUCUUCCUGAACCAGUCAUAACUCGUUAUCCAAAGAAGCCCGCUAAUGAAUCAGUGAUGGUCAAUUUAGCCCCAGGCAGACAAAGAGAAAACCCUGUUGAUGAAGAGGAAGGAGAUGACAUCGUGGAAGAGGAAGGAGGAGCUACUGAGGAAGAGGCAGAGACUGAACCUGCGGAAAAGGUAGUUGUGCAAAGAUCAAGCAGGAAAGAUAUAUUACCACGGCGGAGGAACCCACGGGAGGUCUUGAGGGAGGAUCAGCUGCUAAAGGACAAAUUUAGGAAAAAACAGAGAUUUACAUCAUACAAGAAGAUGUUGGAUGAGAGACAGAAGUUACCAGCAUGGUCAAUGAAGAAAGAAAUCCUUGAGUUGGUCAGAAAAAACCAGGUGUUGGUGGUCAGUGGCAUGACUGGAUGUGGUAAGACAACUCAGGUACCUCAGUUUAUCUUGGAUAGUUACCUGACCAGCAGAGAGCCUCAGCUUUGUAACCUGGUCUGUACUCAGCCUAGACGUAUCUCAGCUGUGGCAGUAGCAGGCCGAGUGGCUGAGGAAAGGACAGAGAGAACAGGGGGCAUUGUGGGAUAUCAGAUCAGACUGGAGAGUGUUCAGUCAGCCAAGACCAGGCUGUUGUUUUGUACGACAGGGAUAAUCCUGCGACGUUUAGAGGGUGAUCCAACUCUAGAGGGCGUCUCCCACAUUAUCAUUGAUGAGGUCCAUGAGAGAUCAGAGGAAAGUGAUUUCCUCAUGAUGGUGCUACGUGACCUUUUGCCCUCUCGACCUGACCUCAAGGUCAUCUUGAUGAGUGCCACAGUCAAUGCAGAUCUGUUUUCAGAUUAUUUUGAUGGCUGUCCUGUCAUUGAGAUUCCAGGUAAGGUAUUUCCAGUGGAACAGUUCUUUUUGGAGGAUGCCUUCGAAUUUACCAGAGUGGUAGUAGAAGAGGGUUCCCCAUAUGCUCGACCUCUCAGUAAGAUGAAUGCUGUAAGGGAUCCUGGAGCCAGAGCUAGCGCAGCCUGUAUGGAAGAUCAAAUUGACAUGGAUCUUCAGUCUUCAUCCAAUACCAAUGCCUCUGUCCCGGCAUCAGACAAAAUCAGGGAUGAAAAUCUCAGUGUGAAGCAACUAAAGUACAGAUAUGACAGCUACUCUAAUCUCACUGUGAAGAACCUGGCCAUGAUGGAUUAUGAUAAGAUCAACUAUGAGUUGAUAGAGGCUCUUAUGGAAUGGUUCCUGGAGGCAGAUCAUCAGUAUCCAAGAAAUGGUGCUAUUUUGGUAUUUUUGCCAGGAUUUGCAGAAAUCCAAACAUUGUUUGAUCAGCUGGAGAGUAGCCCAGUCUUUGGAGGAAGAAACAAACAAAGAUAUAAGGUAAUACCUCUUCACUCCUCUCUCUCCAGUGAGGACCAACAGGCCGUGUUCAGUCGCCCAAAGGAAGGUGUAACUAAAAUCGUGAUAGCCACAAAUAUAGCAGAGACGUCUAUCACCAUUGAUGAUGUGGUGUGUGUGAUAGAUGGGGGGAGGAUGAAGGAAAAACGGUAUGACUCCUCUAAAGGCAUGGAGAGUUUAGACAUGGUGUGGGUGUCACGCGCUAAUGCCCUGCAGAGGAAAGGUCGUGCGGGCAGAGUGGCCUCAGGUGUAUGUUUUCACCUCUUCACAUCACAUCGUUAUGAUUUUCACCUGAGGGAUCAACCCAUACCUGAAAUCCAGAGAGCUCCAUUGGAGCAGAUAGUCCUCAAUAUCAAGAUGCUAGAUUUGUUUCAAGAGGAGAACCCAGUGGAUGUCCUGAACAAGAUAGUGGAACCACCAGCCAUGGAAUCCAUCCAGUGUGCUAUAAAGCGGCUUCAAGAUCUUGGUGCUCUGGAUGUGGAUGGGGAGUUAACGCCCCUCGGGUAUCACCUUGGCUCAUUGCCAGUAGAUGUCAGAAUUGGCAAGUUGAUGUUGUUUGGAGCAAUAUUCCGCUGCUUGGACCCAGCUCUCACCAUUGCAGCUACCCUGAGCUUUAAAUCACCUUUUGUAUCUCCCUUCGGAAAGAAGGAAGAGGCUACCAAUCAGAAAUUAGAAUUUGCUCUUGGUAACUCUGACCACCUGACUAUGCUGAAUGGCUACAAGGAAUGGUUGGAAGUCAAGAAGAAGCAUGGUUCUAAAGAGGCCUUCAGCUUCUGUAGAGAAAACUUUCUGUCAAUGAAGACUUUGCAGAUGUUAGCAAGCAUGAAACAACAGUUUGUGGAGCUGUUGUCUGAUAUUGGGUUUGUCAGGGAGGGUCUGACUGUGAGGGAUGUGGAACGGGCAGCCAGGAAUGGAGGAGAUGGGGUGAGGGAACUGACUGGUACUGAGGCUAACAGAAACAGUAACAACCUAAAACUUGUAGCAGCCAUUUUGGUGGGAGCUCUGUAUCCUAAUGUUGUCAAGGUGAUGACCCCUGAGGCAAAGUUCAGCCAGGGCAGUGCCGGGGCAGUUCCAAGGCUUCCAAAACCAGAAGAAUUGAAGUUUAAAACUAAAGAUGAUGGUUAUGUACACCUUCACCCUUCCUCAGUAAACUUUCAGGUGAGGUACUAUGACAGUCCUUACCUCGUCUAUCAUGAAAAAGUGAAAACAUCAAAGGUGUUUAUCCGAGACUCCACCAUGGUAUCCGUCUAUCCACUGCUGCUGUUUGGAGGAGGAAACAUAUCUGUGGAUCUGAAAAAGGGGAACUUUGUGUUGUCGGUGGAUGAGGGCUGGAUCCGCUUCCAGGCUGCCUCUCAUCAGAUCGCUGAACUUGUGAAGGAACUUCGUCAUGAGUUGGAUGAGUUACUGGAAGAUAAGAUAAGGAACCCUAACAUUGAUCUGGCCACAUGUCCACGAGGCAGUAAGAUCAUCAACACCAUUGUGAAGUUGGUGUCUACACAAUGA